CAAAAUUUUAAGAGAUAAUGGCGGAAUUUUAACCCCUAAUUUGAAUUUCCCACUCCCCUAUAUAACAGUGCCAACCAUCAAUUCAAACCGUAUCCUAAAAAUCCAGAGAGAGAGAGAAAAAAUGGAUCAGUAUUCCGACAUGAGUCAGCAGUUGCAGGAUUUCAAUCUAUGGGAGCAGGAUUACUUCGCCACCGUCGAAAUGGAGAUGCUCUCUCAAGGAUUUCCCGAUUCCGCGCCGCCAGAGAGUUUCUUCGACGACAAGAUCGUUUCGAUCAAUCCGGACGCGGCGAGGGGCGUGUCGAGCCCGGAGGCGGCGGCGGCGGCUCCGGGGAAGGCGAAGCGGCGGCGGGCGAGGGCGGCGGAUGCGGCGGCGCAGUCGACGACGUUUCUGAACGCGAGCAUAUCGAAUUUUCGGGCCCUGGUGCAGCAGCACACGGGCUGCCACAACGCGAAUUCGAGCCCGAAAGGCCCGAUCACGCUGUGCUUUGCGGCGCCGGCCAAUCACGAGGCUCGUCAUCGUCAUCACUACUACUGCUCUUGAAUGUUUUUUUUCUUCUUUUUUUUUUAAAAAUUUAAUUUCUUUUUUUGAUUUUUGUAAUAAUAGGCUCUUGCAACCUAAUUAGAGUUGGCAUGCAGUAAUUAGUGUUGAUUAAUGUAACAAUAUGGAUGGUGUUUGAUAAUGAAAAACCAGCUUUUGGUUA